UCCAGAGAGCCUGACCCUGAAGUUCCCGAGUCGUCUACACUCCCGACAGCGCCGCCUCCCCUCGGCUCCAGCUCUCUCGCCCUCCGGCCGGAUCGGCGAAUCCGGCUUCUCCCGCCGCCACACGCGCGAGGCCGCGACACCUCCUCCGAGCUCUCCGCACCGCACCACACCCUCCUCCGGGCAACGGCAGAGGUGCGCGUGGUUCUCGUGCACUGGGCAGCAGCAACCUAGGGCUUCCUGGAACUUGAUCCUUUCUAUAAACGGCAAGAUGUUCUCUGCUCCAGGCAACAAUUCUUUGGCUCUUGCAGCCCCAAGGCCAGGGAUGGAGCUGGCUAAUGUUCAACAGCAUCCAAAUCAGGCCCUUGGGCCUGGUGGAAAGCAACGCACAUCCAGUCUGGAGGCACCAAUAAUGCUACUUACAGGCCACCAGAGUGCUAUCUACUGCAUGAAGUUCAACCCUGCUGGAACCGUGAUAGCAUCAGGUUCCCAUGACAAGGAUAUCUUCUUAUGGUAUGUCCACGGUGAGUGCAAGAACUUCAUGGUACUGAGAGGGCACAAGAAUGCUAUUCUUGACCUUCAGUGGACUACCGAUGGGACCCAGAUAAUCUCCGCAAGUCCUGACAAGACUGUGAGGGUGUGGGAUGUUGAGACUGGCAAGCAAGUUAAGAAGAUGGCUGAGCACUCGUCGUUUGUCAACUCAUGUUGCCCAGCACGCAAGUGGCCGCCUCUUGUUGUGAGCGGUUCAGAUGACGGUACUGCAAAGCUGUGGGACUUGCGUCAGAGAGGUGCAAUUCAAACUCUCCCUGACAAAUACCAGAUCACAGCCGUUAGCUUCUCGGAGGCAGCAGAUAAGGUAUUCACCGGUGGUCUGGACAACGACGUCAAGUGGUGGGAUCUUCGCAAGAAUGAAGUGACAGAGUAUCUCAAAGGACAUCAGGACAUGAUCACUGGAAUGCAGCUUAGUCCUGAUGGCUCUUACCUCCUGACCAACGCAAUGGACAAUGAGCUCAAGAUCUGGGAUCUGCGCCCUUAUGCUCCAGAGAACCGGAACAUCAAGACCCUUACAGGCCACCAGCACAACUUUGAGAAGAACCUGUUGAAGUGCAGCUGGUCACCAGAUAACCGCAAGGUCACUGCUGGGAGCGCUGACCGCAUGGUCUACAUCUGGGACACGACAUCGAGGCGGAUCCUGUACAAGCUUCCUGGGCACAACGGUUCAGUCAACGAGACUGCUUUCCACCCCACCGAGCCGAUCAUUGGGUCCUGCGGCAGCGACAAGCAGAUCUACCUUGGGGAACUUUAAAUGAGUACCAUUUUUAUCAGCUAGAAGAAUUCUUGUGGUAAUUGGAUGUGAAGGAGAAAAAGAAACCGUCGAAGUUCUGUUGCUUUGCCUGAGAAUUUGAAUGCUGGAUGGGCUGACCGAGGGCUUUGUCAUUUGUAGAUUGUAUUAGCCUGUUAGGGCCAGUUGGUCUACCGUCUAGGAACUGAACCGUGUUUUGUACCUGUUGGCUUUCGAUUGCUUAAAACUUUUUACCAUGCUUGAAGUUGAAGAUGGCUAAUUGCAUGCUAAAAACUUGCUAAUAGCACACAAUUCAGCAAAUAGGCAAGCAAUUGUGAACUGUCGCGUGAUUUGAAUUU